UCACAAAUGUCCACAAACAAACUUCCUGUCCCUGCAGAGCUGCCAGAAUGGCAAUGAGUUCCUCUGACAGGCUCUCUGCAUUCCCGCCCAGCACUGGACUCUAGCCAACGAGUUGGGGAAAGCUGCCAAGGCAGAGAGAACCCUGAGGCUUGCACAACACAACACACGGCAUCCCAGCAGCCAGGCAGCUAGGCAGACUAGCACCAAAAUGGCAGCAACGAUGACAGAAUCCGGGGGAGUGAAGGUCGUCACAGAGGUCAUCCCACAGACUGAUCCCCGGGCUGCACAGCUGGACUCAGUGGCACCACAUCCCAGUUCAGCCCAGGUCAAAGGCUUCAGGAAGGCACAGCCCAAGGCACUGGGGGCCAUACAGAUCAUAUCUGGUUUCACACAGAUCUCCUUUGGGAUUGCCUUGAUGAUAACUGAAUCCUCAGCCCCAGCCCUCACUGUAGCCAGCGGAGUCUACUUCUGGAUCGGCUUGCUGCUCGUGUCCUCAGGAUCCAUGCUGGUGGAAACUGAGAGAAGAGAAAGCGUCCGGCUGGUGAAAGUCUGCUACAUUCUCAGUGGCCUGGUCAUCCUGGCCACCCUGACAGCCAUGAUCAUUCACAGCGUGGAGAUCGGCCAAGACAUCCCGUGGUGCAGCAUGCAUGAGGACGGCAAAAUGACCCCACUGAACUGCUCCCAAAAUGUCUACAUUCUGAGUCACGGGAUUAACUCAACAUUCAUCCUGCUUUGCUUCUUGGAGCUGUGCACAGCUAUCGCCGCCCUGGUGUAUGGAUACAAGGCCUUGAAACAGCAGGACUACACGCAGAUGGUGCUGUGAUGGAGCAGAGGCCAGCUCUGCUCCUCCCACCCCCGAGGUGUACUGAGAACACGAUGAUUUCCCGCACUGGAGCCACAGCGACAUGGACCCUUGGCCACUCCUUCACUUUCCCAGGCAGGACGGCAGAGGGAGCAACUCUGAGCCUCAUCUCAUGCAGCCCACCCUAUCCCCACAACUCUUCUGUGUCUAGGGGAUAGGGGCAAAUGCUGAACCAGACACCAUUAUUCCUGAGUCCCCCAACUGAGAGAUGAGAGCAGCUUUAAUGCUCAAAGUAUCCCCUGACUUUCCCCGCAAACUCUUCUGUUUGUAACCUACUGCAGACCAUGACCUGUCUCAGGACCCUCCUCACAGAAUCCCCUCAUGGACUCUUACCCCUGAACUUCCUCCCCUCCCCCAAAACUAGAAGGCAGAAGUUAACUCUUUCUGCACCCCAAAACCCUCCCCUGAUUCCCAAACACUGCAGCCUGUAUAAGGACGGUGAAAACAAAUUGACCCACACACGCCUUCCCUGGCCCGUCAAACUCACCAGUCAGUAAAAGGGGAGGAGCCGGAAUGAGACUGAACCCAGCUCCCCCCCACUCAAAUUCUCCUGUGAUCCCUGGAACUCUCUACAACCGGAGCACAAGACAGCAAGCUCCAAAGCCAUCCUUCUGUCCUGCUCACACCUCUCCCCGAGUUCCACAAACCCUCCCAUCUGCACAGGCAAACAAGACGGAUGGGGAAGACAGUGGGAGUCAACAGGAUUAUAGAAUAGAAGUUGAUCCAUCCCUUUUUCUUGGUCUUUGCCCCCUGGUCUCCUCACACAACUUAACUGCACCAAGGCAGAGAGUGGGGGGUCUGUUUAAUAUUUUUUUUAAUUUUUGUUGCAGUAAAGGAGUGCAGUAAGCAAUAGGCUGUGGAUAGAAGGUAACAGAUUCUGUAGCCAGAUAUAAACACAUCUAUUACGUGAUGGAACAUACAGGGCAGCAUGCGAUAUAAAAAAAAAACCACUAGAGAUAUGAUAUCCUGAUUGUCCCAGAACAGAGCAGCGAUGCCAUGAUCUCCAUGUAAAUGCAACAUUCAGCCCUCAGUAACUCCUGAUGUCUUGGGCUUCCACCAAGAACUUGGCCCCUUUGUGUCCUGAAAAACUCACUUGUUCUCCUUUCAUGUUGUAUUAUCCCAUCCAGAUCACAUGUUUUAUGGACCAGCCCUUAGCACUUGACUUCUUUGCUGAUUUCCAGGUCCUUAGAAUGAUUUCUUCAGCCACUACUGAUGCUCUCAAACAACAUAUUUCUGGGGGAAAGUCAAAUCCUUAGCAGCCUUCAGGACUUGCAGAAUAAAGAGCUUAGGACCACCAGGGUUACUGCUGUUUAGAAUCGUAACUUUUUUCAAAUCUUCUUUGGUUUUAUGGCAGUGGUCAUCCAGCUCUUUCAUUCUGAGGAUCAUGUCAUAAAAGAAAGAUCUCACUGAUCUCCCUUCCCUUUCAGUAUCCCAAUUGUCUUCCGGUAUCCCACCGCUUCCAUUGCUUGGAUCUUAAAAUGUCUCAUUCUGUAACCCACCAGGAAGGAUUCAGGGUGCCACAACGGGAAAGCCACACCUCUAGGACAAUAUAAAUGUAACAGAUUUCCAUGUUCCCUUCACAGCUCCAGCAAGAAUCCACCUCUCAUGUGUGUUGCCAGGUUCAUUCUACUGCAUACCGUGCAAAUGCUAAAGAUGCAUUUUUAUUUUAUUUUAUUUUAUUGCUAUAUUAACCUGAGCUUACAGUAUUAUUAUAACAAAUGUUCCCACAGAAUGUUAUGUCUAGCUACAUCCCUAUCUGUUCAUUCAAAACCAAGCUUACCUCUCAAAUUUGAGAAGUGUUCCUUACCAGUCUGGAUUCUGAGUGGUACUGACUAGAUCUAGUCAGGACUUUUUCAGCAAAAAAAAAAAAAAAUUUUGUUUGGUGUGGAAAUGCCAAUUCACUGAAACCAAAACGGUUUGUGAGAAAAGGGUGGUUUUGAGGAACUUCUUGUUUUGAAAAAUUUGGGACAAAAGAGUUAGAAUUUUAUUUUUCAAACAAAAAAAAAUCUAUUUUUUCAGUGCAAAACUACUUUUCAUUUAUAAAUUUAAGCUAAUAAUAGCAAAAAGAAGUUAAUUUAAAAAGGUAAAAAUCAAAAUGAAAUGUUUUGAUCGACCCAAAUGAAAAAUAAUUAAAAUUUUUCAGUUUGCAAAAUGUUUUGAGAUUUUGACAUUUCAUCUCAAUUUGGGCCAAGAAAAAUUUCAAAAUUUCAAAAAUUUUAUCCAGAUGGGAACCGUUUUCUACCCAGUUUUACUACUGAGUACUCAGAGUUCUAGUUCACUGCAUUGGGCAUUGCAGAUAUUCAGCGCUGCUUAAGGUCAGCUGUUAGAUAACGACAGCAGAAAGUGUUAUAUAGACUGGAUCAGAAUACCAGAAUUUGUCCCCUGGAUCUUUCCACAGGAAAAAUUCAGUUUUUAAAUUUUCUGAUUGGAAAACGUUGGUUUUCUGUGGGGCAUUUCAAAACUAAAGCAAAAAAACAAACAAAAAACCACUUGUUUUGUUUUGAAAUGCCACUUUGAAACAAAACAAGAGAUUUAUUGUUGCAUUUCAAAAUGUAAUUUUAAAUUAAAAAUUUAAAUGUAUUUCAAUUUAUACUCUCAUUUCAGCUUUUGAAAAUUGAAGACAUUGGGAUGGUUACCCCCCCCAUUCCCUUUUUUCACUUUUUCCAGUGAAGAAAAAUGAGGAACAAGUUGAGAAAAGUAAAAAUAAAAUGAAACACUUGUUCACAGUUUUCUUCAGUUGUAAAAGAAAUUAAAAAUUAAUGAAAGUAGCACUUUUAAUAACUUUUUUAAAAUAUUUUUUCACAUCUUUUCAGUUCAAAAGAACUUUUCACUGUUUUAACUCUUCUGAGUUGGAAGAAGUUAAAAAAGAGGACGGGCGGGGGGGGAUUUCAACCACUUGUUUGCUUCCUCUAUUGAAAAAAACAAAGAGGAGAAAGUCACCAAAAGAGGAAUUUCCAAAACAUCACCAAAGGAAAACUGAGAUUUUUCAGUAUCCAAAACAAAACAACAUUUUAAGUCAAAUGUUAUGGAAUGUCAACAAAAAGGCUUGUUGCAAAAUGUCAGUUUAAAAACCCUGGACAUUGAUUCCUUAGAAAGGAAUUGUUUACAUAAGGAAACUGACCAGAAUAACUAUUUCACAAUAGCUCCCCAUCUGGACAUUCUAUUCCAGAAUAAAAAAAGUUACUUUACUCCAGAAUGUGCUUCCAAAGUGGAGUACCUAUUCUGAAAUGCAAUCACUUUUAUUCUGGAAUAGUGCCUCUCAAUAGUCAAUAUAACAUUACCCAUGAACUGUAACAUAAGAGAAUCAAGAAAGUGCUGACAAUGUGACCUGCUUAAACAGUUUUACAUACACCAAUACAAAGGUAACUGGGUGAACUUAUCUGGCGUAUGUUAUGUAGAAGUUCAGACCAAAAUGGUCUAAUGGCUCCUUCUGGCCUUAAAAACUAUUAAUCUAAAUCUUUGGAAAAUGAGGUCCAUGGGACACACUGCCUUGUUUAAGCUGGUAAACAGGCAAGCCUCAGGAUUCUGCUUAGAGCUCACACCUUUUAUUAUGUCAAUCACACAAUUAAUGUCUUUUCUGCAUAUAACAGGGAUGGUCAACCUGUGGUUUCGGAGCCACAUGCAGCUCUUCAGAAGUUAAUAUGCGGCUCCUGUAUAAGCACCAACUCCAAGGCUGGAGCUACAGAUGCAAACUUUCCAAUGGGCCAGAGGAUACUCACUGCUCAACCCUUGUCUCUGCCACAGGCCAUGCCUCCACUCCACUCCCUCCCCUUAGCCUGCCAUUCCCUCAUUCCUCCCUCUGCUCCCCCCAGAGCCUCCUGCAUGCCACAAAAAAGCUGAUUGGGAGAUGUGGGGAAGGAGGGGAAAGGUGCCGAUUCACGGGGCUGCCAGUGUGUGGGAGCUGAUGUACGGCUGCUGAUGUAUUACUGUGGCCCUUUGUCAAUGUACAUUGGUAAAUUCUGGCUCCUUCUCAGGCUCAGACUGGCCACACGGCAUAUAACCAACACAUGGCGAUAUUAGCAUUAGCGCUGAAGAGAAUAACCGUAUAACGCUGUCGUUCUGAACAACUGUUAUCAUUUCAGUAAAUACCAGCCUCUUCCCAUGCAAUUACCUUUUCAGAUUAAAAGUGCUCUCAUUUUA